AUGAGAUUAUGUAAACAACAACUUAGUGCCAGUCUAACCAUAUUCAUUAUUGUCUUUGGUGGGAGUGGUGUUACUCGAAACUGCGGCCACAGCUGCCUCAUAUGCUUGAAGUUGUGUCUGGUAGUCCUGCUCUGCUUCUUCCACCACAAUUUCGUGGAGCAUGCAAUUGCUACAAGCCUGACUAACAAGUGGGCAUGCAAAUUCGAACUUCUUGACUAUUACAUGGACUACAGAUGCUUUGAAGUGCAACCUCUAGUAUUUCUGUCUGGUGAGGGUAGAGGUGUAUGUGCAGUGGACAUGUCAGGCAAGGGUGGAGGCAUAUGUGUGGUGAACAUGUCAGGUGAGGGUGGAGGUGUAGUAGUGUGCUACAACUCAAGGGAGGGGGGAACUUACUCGCAGGAGCAAGUGUCUACUGGUGAUGUGCUGGAAGACCAAGUUGAGCCCCUGCAAAUGGACAAUUGGGAGCCAACCCUUGGUGAUGGCAUUGUGUUCAAUGAUGAGAUUGAGCCCCAACCUGUCAUGGUGGUCAAGGUACCAGCAAAACACUAUGCAAACUUGGAUGCACCUUUGCAUAAAUGGAUGGGUGUCAAUGAGCAUCAAUAUCAAUAA